CUCCACCCUCUUUUCUCUUUCCCAGCCCACGCACGGAGGCGGAGGCGGUGAGCGAUGGGGAGGGCGCCGUGCUGCGAGAAGGUGGGGCUGAGGAGGGGGAGGUGGACCAAGGAGGAGGACGAGAAGCUGGCGAGGUACAUCGGCGAGCACGGGGAAGGCGCGUGGAGGUCGCUGCCCAGGAAUGCCGGCCUCCUCCGCUGCGGGAAGAGCUGCAGGCUGCGGUGGAUCAACUACCUCCGGGCCGACCUCAAGCGCGGGAACAUCUCGCCGGAGGAGGAGGCCAUGAUCGUCAAGCUCCACGCCACCCUCGGCAACAGGUGGUCCCUGAUCGCCGGCCACUUGCCCGGCCGGACGGACAACGAGAUCAAGAACUACUGGAACUCGCACCUCAGCCGGAAGGCGCCGGAAUUCCGUGGAGGCGCCGGCGCCGGCGCCGUGGUCGACGUCGACCUCAGCAAGCUGCCCGGCGGCGGAAAGCGCCGUGGCGGCAGGACGGGCCGCAGCAGCGGGAAGGGUAACACCAAGGUGAAGACCAAUACCACGACGAAGACGAAGGAGAACGACAACGCCGCCGCGCCAGAAGCAGGGCGCAAUGACGACGACGGCGACGGCCGCGGCAUUGGCAACGUAUCGGCAGCAAGCCACAGCGAGGGGCAGGCGCAGGCGAGCGGCAGUGGGCUCACAUCAGAUGGGCUCGAGGAGGGCCCAGUAGGCCUCAGCGAGGAGAUGGUGAGUGGGCCUCCGGGCCCGGCGAGCCCGAAGCCUGACGUGGGCCAGGGCAGGUCUUCCGCCGAGAGUGGCAGCGGGUCCAGUGGGCCAAGCAAGGCCCUGGGCCAGGACGCCGGCCACAGGUCCAUGGACUGGGACUUGGUGGGCCUGGACGACGGCCUCGCCGACGAUGACAUGUGGGGCCCGCUCACCUGGGACUACGGCGAGAUGGUGGUGGGCCCGGAUGGCGGAGCCCAGCACGACGACGGGGCGCUGUCAGAGCUGUUCUUCCUGGGCAACGGCAUGUAGUUUUCGUCUUCGUCUCACCAAGUCACCAUCUCUUGAUUCAUCUCUUGAGUUUUUUUUUCCUUCUCUUGAUGCUGGACCGUACUGAUUUUUGGGUUAGGGUUUGAUGCGUGUCUGGUGAAGCAGUGUACUCGCGUACGUUGGCUGGUAGCGUUCUCGUUUUAUUGUUUGGUUGGGGGUAAAUGGGAUCGUGGCAGCUGACGAGUGAAGGGAAGAAAGGAUGUGAGGAUGUACAAAAAUAAGUGUAGCCUCACCUUCUUCGGUCUGUUGGACAUUCACAUCAUCACAUGUGGCUGUUCUUCCUUGGUGAUAAAAAUAAAAGAUGAAAGAUUACUUGACU